UCUUUUUUCUUCAGUUGAAUAUUAAGUUUCAAUAUUUCCAAAAUAGGACAUAGACGAAUGUAUAAAUAGUUUUCAAGGAUAAAUGUUAACAUUAACAUUGUGUUAAGUUCCUGAACAUUUCAGUUUUAUCGUAGAUGGAAUGCACGGUUGUGUCUUCACCUUGCAACCUUUCACUUCUCCUCUGCAUCCUGCAUGAAUGGUGAGGAAUGAUUUUGAUAGUUUCCGUAAGAUAUUCGAGUAUUCUUAAUUUCUUUAGUUGUGUCUUAUUGAUAGACGGAUACGCGAAUCGCUAAUAUAACAUUGUGCUUUAAGAAAAGGUUACAAUCUCGGUAUUUGAUAGGAGGUAAAAGAAUAAACAUGAUUUUUCACGGUCGGUGUACAUCUGACCAAACAAAAUAUGCUAGAAAAGAAAAGGAGAACUACGUGAGGCUGGAAGGGCGAGAGGGGCCGAUAAGAGAAAUCAAGUCAAACGUGCUACGUGGAAUCGUGAAAGUGAAGGUGCACUUCACUCUACCUGAGUUGGGUUAGGUUUCUUUAACUGGGCGUAACCGAGAACGUUACAAUGGAAUCUCUUCGUACGAAACUGGCCGAGUAUGGUCAAGAACACUUAUUAAAAUUCUGGGAUCAGUUAUCUGAAAAAGAGAGAAAUGAACUUCACCAGGACCUGUCCAAGUUGAACCUUGUGGAAGUGACAUCUUACUUGCAAAAGGCAACGUAUGCUUCUUCUUGCAUGCUUAAAAAUACCUUAGAUGAUAAAGUAUCUCCUAUACCUAAAGAGAGUAUCGGCUCAGUUAAAACUGCUAGUAAGAAACAGCUCGAAGCAUAUGAGAAACUAGGUCUGCAAGAAGUAGCCAAUGGUCGAGUAGGAGUAUUACUUAUGGCUGGUGGUCAAGGUACUCGAUUAGGAGUGUCUUAUCCUAAAGGCAUGUAUAAUGUUGGUCUACCAUCAGGAAAAACUUUGUUCCAACUGCAGGCAGAAAGGAUACUUCGUUUACAAAAUAUAGCAGAAAAAGAAUACGGGAAGAAAGGAGAGAUAACUUGGUACAUUUUAACCAGUGAAGCCACUCAUGAUACAACUGUUAGUUUUUUACGUAAACAUAAUUACUUUGGUUUAAAAGAGGAAAAUGUAAAAGCUUUCAAACAGGGCAUGUUGCCGUGCUUUACAUUUGAUGGAAAAAUCAUUCUGGAUGAGAAACAUAAAAUCUCUAAAGCCCCAGAUGGAAAUGGAGGAUUAUAUAGGGCUCUAAAGGAAGAAGGAAUAUUGGAUGAUAUGAGACAACGUGGAAUCCGCAGUGUUCAUGUUCAUUCAGUUGAUAAUAUUUUGAUAAAAGUAGCAGAUCCAGUAUUUUUGGGAUACUGUUUAUCCUCAUCCACAGAUUGUGGAGUUAAAGUUAUAGAAAAGUCUUCACCAAAUGAACCGGUUGGAGUUGUGUGUAAGGUUGAUGGUAUCUAUCAAGUUGUUGAAUACAGUGAAAUAUCAAAGGAGACAGCUGAAUUACGUUAUAAUGAUGGACAAUUAGUAUACAAUGCUGCAAAUAUUUGUAAUCAUUACUUCACUGUAGACUUUUUACGUACCGUUGCUGAUAUUCAUGAGCAAGAAAUGGACCUACAUGUUGCUAAGAAGAAAAUUCCGUAUAUCGAUGACGAUGGAAACAGACACACACCAACAACUCCGAAUGGCAUUAAGAUUGAAAAAUUUGUAUUUGAUGUGUUCAAAUUUGCGAAGCAACUAACAGUUUGGGAGGGAAUUCGCGAAGAAGACUUUAGCCCUCUUAAAAACGCAGAUUCUGCUGGUCAAGAUUGUCCAAGCACUGGACGGAAUGAUGUACUUAAGCUUCAUAAAAAGUGGUUAUUAAAUGCUGGAGCAUUAGAUGUGAUAAACGACGUAGAAAUAUCUCCUUUGCUAUCGUACGCAGGAGAAAACUUGAGUCACGUAAAAGGGCAAUCAUUCGAGGGUCCUUACGUAGUGGAAUAAUAUAACUGUUAUUUUUGUAAAAUAAUGAGAUUAUAUUCUUAUGCUUGAUGACGGUAAUGAAAUUAUCAUGAACAUAUGAUAUGAUUUUUUACUUUUCUGUGAUUUAAGGUAAAAUUUAGAGUAAAGAGUUUUUAAUGCUUUUAUAUAAAUUUUUUACUAGUAAACUCAAAAGACAUUAUUUAUAAAAAAAAUGAAAUUGUUAAAAUCGAUGUUACGUAUAAUUACAAAUAAUUUCGUACAAAGGGAAGCGGAAUUAAAUGUUUACGUAAAUAUUUGAACAUUCCUUGUCAUUUUAAGUAUUAUAUUAUUUAUAAUGUCUUUAAUUAGAUCAUAACUACUGAAAGUUUAUAGUUAUAAGAAACAAUAAAAUCUCUAUAUUUUGGCAAUAUUUAUACAAUUUUUAUAUGAUUAAUGUGAAC